UGGCCGCGGCGCGGGGGGCGGGCCCGCGGCGCCGCGCCGGAGGAGGAAGUGGUGCGGUUGUUGCUCCCUCUGCGCCCGCCGCUGGCUCCCGGGGCGCGGAGUGGGGCCACAGUCGUCGCCGCUGCGUCGCGUUCUCUAGCUGUUACCCUCCAUGUGCCCGGGCUGCGUCGCCCCCCUUCCUCAGGCCGCCGCUUACCCCGGGGUCUAUGGAAGUAAUGGAAGGACCCCUCAACCUGGCUCAUCAACAGAGCAGACGAGCAGAUCGUUUAGUAGCUGCAGGGAAAUACGAAGAGGCUAUUUCUUGUCACAAAAAGGCUGCAGCAUAUCUUUCUGAAGCUAUGAAGCUGACACAGUCUGAGCAGGCUCAUUUAUCACUGGAACUGCAAAGGGAUAGUCACAUGAAACAGCUUCUCCUCAUCCAGGAGAGAUGGAAGAGGGCAAAGCGGGAGGAAAGAUUGAAAGCCCAGCAGAGCACAGACAAGGAUGCCGCUGCCCAGCUUCAGGCAUCUCACAGACCCUCUGCUGAGGACACAGACAGCCAGAGCCCCCUACUAUCUCAGAAUUAUAGCCCUUCCACAGAGAAACACUUGCCUGAAAUUCAGGGGGUCUUUGACAGGGAUCCAGACACACUACUAUUUUUACUUCAGCAGAAGAGCGAGCCAACAGAGCUGUGCAUUGGAAGCAAAGCCCCAAAAGAUGAUAAAACAAUUAUAGAGGAGCAGGCAACCAAAAUUGCAGAUUUGAAGAGGCAUGUGGAAUUCCUCGUGGCUGAGAAUGAAAGAUUAAGGAGAGAAAAUAAACAGUUAAAGGCUGAAAAGGCCAGACUUCUAAAAGGCCCGGUAGAAAAGGAGCUUGAUGUAGAUGCUGAUUUUGUAGAAAAGUCAGAGUUAUGGAGCUUGCCACCACAUGCAGAAACUGCUACAGCCUCUUCAACCUGGCAGAGGUUUGCAUCAAAUACUGGGAAAGCCAAGGAUAUUCCAAUACCCAAUCUUCCUCCCUUGGAUUUUCCAUCUCCAGAACUUCCUCUCAUGGAACUCUCUGAAGAUAUUCUGAAAGGACUUAUGAAUAAUUAAAAUGGAAGGCCAUAGAAGAGGUGAAAAAGAGGAAAUAAUACGGUAAUACAGUUAAUCCAACAAAAAAAAAAAAAAAAAAAAAAAAAAAAAAAAAAGGGAAAACCACAUGCAAGGGUGUCCCGGAGAUGCUGAAUCCAGCAUCCUGCGGAGAAGAGGCAUUGACAAGACUUGGAAACAGUCACUGUGAAGUAUGUCGUGCAUCGGAUUUACUGACUCGAGCUAAUGAUUCCAGACUUGGCAGAUACUAAACUCUUGGAGGUUCACUUUCUCCUGAUACAAACCAAAUGGCUACCUGGAAUAAUUUUUUUCAAGCAACAAUUAUUUUUCUUCAGGGUUAAAAUGUAUAAAAGUAUGUUAUGUGUAAUUAAUCUAUAAUGCCAUAAAUGAUAAUGCAAAACCUAAAUAAUAAUGGUUGCCUGAAGGGCUACCUUGUAUUUGAAACAUGCUUUCUAUUCAUGCAUUGACUGUAUGCAUCUUGUUAUGCACAUUUCCUUUGUUUAAUAAGGUGUGUUUAAGACACACCUUUCUAGAAGAAACUGUGUGCCACACUUUGCACUACUCGUAACAUAAUGAUAACCUCAAGACUAUCAGGAGAAAUACUUAAAUUUCCAUUUUAUGAAGAAAGGAACCAAAUUAUUAGUUAUGCUUUUUUUAAAAAAUUACCAGUUUACAUAAUUAAUCAGGGUGCAUUUUAAGUUCUAACUUUUUUUGUUUAUUGUAUAAUGCAUCAUUUGAAAAUACCAAGGAAAUAUCCUUUUGUUUUUAAUGAUGCAUGAGUGGAAGUAAUGCUGGUUGGCAGUAUUGAUUGUAAGAAAUCAAUAAAGUAAUUGUAUUUUAUACCUU